CAACUGCUCCUUUUCUUUUUCUGGAACUCAACCUCAAUCUCAUCUUUCUCCAUUUCACUCCAAUCCAUCAUCUCUUGACUCCACGUUUUGUCUCGUCGAGCAACAGUGUCUAUCGCAGAUAAACUUCCUUCUGGGGUCUGAUAAUCUUGCCUUUCCUCGUGUCUAACAUCACUUCUCACCCUUACUAGAGCCUCUUCUUUGCUUCUAUCGAGCUCACUUGUCCAUUUCUGACGACCUCAUUGUUCUCUUGUCUGACAUAGAUCUCCGUCUUUUUUAAGCCCGCUUCGCUCUCGAAAGACUUCACCAUGUCUCAGAUUGCCCGUCGGGUGCUCAAUAGAGCCAGAGCGAUGCUGCAUUCUCUGAAGGAGAGGCUUACGGAGGAGCCGAAUCUAGCAACUUAAGAUUGCCAGACGUAACGGACAUGUUUGGUCUGUCGCUAGACAAGCGGUUGGAGAUGUGGAAGUUGGACAAACGGGAUAUCAUCGCAGUGCCGGAAGUUGUUCUUUCCUGUAUUGAGGAGAUAGAGCGAGUGACGGGAAGAGCUCCAGUUCGCGGGCGGUCCAACAUCAUGUUACAAGCGUGCGUCAGAGGAGAACAGCAACGUAUUGCUGCUAUCGAUACAAACAGACCGAAAAAGCCUAUCACCCUCACCGCUAACACGCAGCUUGAGCUCCCAAUUAUGUACAAAGGCCAACCCGUCCUUCUGAGUGGAAAGUCAGAUUAUAGCAUAUGGCACGGUGACCGUGUAAUGUCUACCAGCCUGGUAAUCUGCGAAGUGAAAGAUAAUAGCUUCGCCGAAUGCCUGGCGUAUAUGGCUAUGGUACGCAAGAUCCGGAGACAAGAGUGCAGAAUAAACACUAAGAUUUACGGUUGUGUCACUGAUGGCCAGGAGUUCACUUUUUUAUACAUCGAUGAGAAUGACAAGUACUCUGUCUGGCGAAGCCAAUGCUGGGAUAUGCAUCUAGCGAAAGAUGAGAUAUGGACGCACUUAGUCCGUAUCACAAGAUUCGCCAGUGCACUUUCUGAGUACUUCGGUGAAGACAGUUAUGCCAUUUGAAUAUACCUUAUCGCACCCCUAGAGUAAGAGUAAAAUGCUGUUUUAUAUUAUCCCCGAUUAAAGCUAGAUCAAACUUAGAAGGAUCUGGGUUCAACUGCAGAGGGUUUUUUAGCAUCAUUUUAGUUGUGAGUUAAAAUGCAAUCAGGAUCCCUCCAGUAUAAGCAUUCUCAUAAGAAAGGCAAGUAAAUGAUUCUCGGUGGAUGCAGAAUAGUGGCCCAAAACAUAUGACAGAGCUUUA